UAGCGCCAGCUGCGCCAGUCGCGCGCUUGGCAUCCUCGUGACGGUUUCGUUAUUCGUUUCCAUCUUCGAGAGUUUCGCGGCGUCAGUUAUAACGGAAAUUCGAGGUACGCACGCACGCACGCACGCACGCAUAUACACAACGCGUUUCGCUAUUUUCACAAGACACGCAACGUCGUCGAAGAUCUGACGACGGCUUUUAUGAUCUCGUAACCGGCGUCGCGUGUGUGCAAACGUGAACGAAGGAAAACGACAACGGCGUCCAUCGGCGCAUCUCCGAGGGGGAACAGAGAAUGAGUCAGACGGAUCAAGACAAAAGCAUGGAUAAGAAGGAAAUUGCCGAGGAGGAGAGACAGAGGAUGCUGAACGCCGAGAACACGAAGCACACCGGCGCCGCACCUGCGCCCGAUCUCGAAUCCGAGGAACAAAAACCGAAGAAGAAAAUACCGAUCGGCGGGAUCAAAAUGCCCGGAUUCUGCCGUACCAAGAGCAAGGAACCGUGCAAGGAUGAUGAGACGAAAUCGGCGGAAUCCACCGAUGAAUCAGCUCCUGUGGUGACAAAGGAGACUGAACAAAACGCUCCGUCCGCAGAAAAGCCUACUACGCCCGCUAAGGAUUCCAAGGAGAAGGAAAGUCGAAAGGGAAUUUUGCAUGCCAUUCGAAUACCUUUGGUGUCAUCUGUUUUCCCUAAGAGAAAGAAAGAAGUCGAUGCCGAGUUGGGACAGACUGGCGCCGCUGGAUUAGCGAGCAUCGAGACACUCGACGAUGGCACUACUGAGAAGAGUCCUAUUACCAACGAGGACGGCAUGGAAACAGUGCGACUCGAUGGAGAGGAUGGGCCUGAUCGUGUCGAGCCACCAAAGCAUCCCUUGGUAAUCUGUAUAGCCACGCUCAGAAGACACGUGGUCGUCUCAGUGGUGACCUUACUGAUCCUGCUCAGCAUCAUCGUUAUCAUCUGCAUUGCUUGCGCCGGACCUAGGAAGAUUCCUAACCUGCCCCUGAAGAACGGCAAGUACAUCGAGGCACCAACGUCGUGCGGACCAGUGCAAGGUAUUCUGGAGGAUGGCGCCUACGCGUUCCGUGGCAUUCCGUACGCGAUGCCGCCGGUCGAUAAUCGUCGCUGGCAACCGGCUGAAUCUCUAAGCCGAAUCGAGCACUGCUGGAACGGUACUUACUUGGCGCACAACUCCUCCGAAAACUGCUGGCAGCAUCAGAUAUCUAAACACAUAGACGGCGUCGAAGAUUGCCUCUAUCUCGAUGUGUUUACACCAAUGGUUGGAUACGAUUCCCCGUUACCUGUUGUCGUUAUGAUCGGCGCGGAGACCCUGAGUGGCGGCUCACCUGGAGUGAUGCAACCUUCAGCCAAACUAGCACGCGUUCGCGAUAUCGUAUUUGUGCGGCCAAACUUUCGAAUGGGAAUUUUUGGAUUUUUGGCGGCUGAGCCUCUCACCAGAGCGACUCAUCCUCCAACAUCAGGCAACUACGGAUUGUCAGACAUUAUAGCGGUUCUUCAGUGGGUACAGUUGAACAUCGAGAACUUCGGCGGCAAUAAAUCAUCCGUUACUCUAUGGGGACAUCGAGCGGGCGGUACUCUUGUGACAGCGUUGAUCGGUUAUCGUCGAGCCAAGAGUCUUUUCUCGAGAGCGUGGAUAUCCAGCGGUAGCGCGAUCUUCCCAGGCAGAGAGCUAUACCAGUCUGAGAAAAUAAACGCACAAUUCCUUAAUGCAGUCCAUUGCAGCGACGCCGCCUGCCUGAAAAGCAAGAGCGCCGAGGAGCUCAUGGACUCCGUGCCGCUGUCGUGGUACAAGGAAAAUGUGGUUCUGCCGGAAAUGAGAGAAGGCGAAAAAAAUUUCAAGAACAACAGACACGAGUGGCUUGUUCAGGACGGAACGAUUCUUCUGGAGCACGUCGGUACGAUCCUAUCGCAGGAGAAUAUUACACUACCAGUAAAGGUAGUGAUGGGCACCACCGCGCACUCCGGCACUCCGGUACAAUAUCUAUCACCGAACAUCACUCUCAACGCGACACAAGUCGAGAAAACCGUACGAGAAUCCUUGCUCGGGACUUUGGGCCUUGUAGAUGAAGCUCUGGGACGCUACAAUGCUACAUUGAAGGGACUGGCCACAAUGAUCUCCGACAUCCGUGUAGUGUGCCCGCUAUUGACGCUCGCUACGAUGAAAACCAACAUACCGUUUUAUGUAGCUACCCAGCCACGCCGACAGCACUUAGCCGAUCCUGACAGCGAUGCCGCGGCCAUUCUGGGGACCUACGCUGCUGUAACGCCCGAGGAAAAGAGACACGUGUCAGCUAUGCAGCAGCUGUUCAAUCAUUACGUGUGGCAUGGCGAGGUCGCGCAGGCCGAUCGAUCGGGUGCGAAGCGAAUCUUGGUUGUCGGUCAGGACACGCUGCUCGCGCAGAGCUAUUCAAAUUGCGAUUUCUGGAUAAGCAAAAACAUUGUACCUAUGUACGGUCGAGUCGAUUAAAAAGCUCUUGUCGCCGUGCAAGUCUCUGCUACUAGGAUCUAGAAAUUUGCACCUUGAGUAUAGCGCGCGUUGUCCGUUGAAUUUUCACGGAUAUUGAUUUUCAUGACACAGAUAUGUACUUUGACUACUUAAGUAGAUCGAUAUGACAAGCGGAUUCAAUGAGAUUACGCGGAUUAACGAGCAAAGAUCAUGCCUUUGUGAGCCCUUGCGACGUAUAGUAGUACCUGUCAAAUCAUGACAAUUAAUUAAUGUAAAAGCCAAAAUAUAAAAUAGCGAUUAAAAAAAAGAAAUUUAUGUAGAUAUCCGUGCACCAACGUCGAAUUCGUUCUCAAAGAAGCUGAAGUAUAACGAUAUUUUAUAAGCCGUAUAGCAACGAGAAACGAAUAUUCUUUGUAUCCGAAACAAACGUGCGACCACAAAGCACGCAGACUUUUAUGUGUAUAAAUAUGAAUCAAACUGUAAUAUAUUGCAUGAGGGCAGUAAAAUGUACCGACAGGAAAACGUAGGGGGACGCAAGAGUAGCUUAGAAGAGAGAGUUAACGACGUACAUUAUACGAUUAUAUAUUCUUGUAAGACGUGAGCAAAUGGGUGUGAAAAUAUGAUAAAAGGAGCAAUGAUCUUCGGCAGCCUUCUAGGAAUUUUUCAAAUCGCAUUUGAAUGAAAAUUUCUCAAAUUCAAGCGCAGGACAUCAAUCGAUACAAUUAAGAAUUUUUGGCUUUUUACAUGUAAUCGCGUAAAAAAUAUCUUAUACUUCAAACGCCUUUUCGUAUUCAGCUCAUAUUAUAGAUCGUAAGAUAGCAUAAAAAAGUCUCAAGAUGUAAACCGUUAGUAGAUUAUUAGUUCAUUACCUCGACGAGAACGAAUUCGUAUCCUUACACACAUGACGGACCAUACUCUUUUGCUACGGAAAGUAUUCUUAGAUCGGGAAGAUUUGUCUCUCUGAAGAACAACAUAGUGGGACAUGUGCAUUGUAUCGCGUUUGUGGAAGCAAUAUCUUAUCGGACGGAAUUGCUCCCCUCACUAGCAGUUUUUUUUUUCUACGAAAAUAUAUUUUAUUACCAAUAUUUUUUUACAUACUUAUAAUUUAGAGAAGACGGCGAUCUUUUCUACCACGGCGAGAGAACUGCAGACUGAAAUGUUAUAUAAUGAGCAGUAUAUCUAUUCAUUUAAGGAAUCUUCAUGGAGAAGUCCUCUAUAUCCUUCAGAUUAAGGCUGCCAAAUUUAGUACUUUUUAUAUCACAUAUCGAUUCAAAUAAUAAAGAUUCUACUAUAUAAUAUUCGAACUUCGCGCGUGUAAAAGAUAAUAAAUCACGUUCGCAAGCCAUCCGCGCGAUUGAUGCAGCUUUCUUGCGUGUCUCUUCCGUGAACGCGACUCGUGUCCCAGAAAUGACAAUGAUUUUGAUAUUCUUCUAUUGAUCAUUUUUUACGACUUAUGAUUAUUAUUCAAUAUGUUAUUAAGUAAUUUAUUUUCACUAAUAUGUGAUAAAGUAGCAUUACUCAAGAAAUUUGUAUGUAUUAUUUUAUUUUAUAGAUAGGUCAUAUUUUGCAUAAUUAACUAAUUUCUAUUACCUUAGCAUUAUCCAUGCAAAUAGAACAAUGACAUUUGUGGCAAACAUACACGUAUGCAACUUACGUAUUUUGACUGAUCGGAAAUGAUCAAGAAUACCUGGGGGUUCUGAAUGUAUUGCUAUAGUAUAUCUUCAUUUCCUAUAACAUAAUUCAUCUUACAUGAAAGACAUUUGAAUCUUCAAAGAAUAUUUAGCAACGAAAAUGUAAUAGUAAUUCAUAUAACAAACGUUGUAUUUUAUAAAGAAACAAACUUCAGAGUAUAAUGUGUAUAAUUUUAUGGAUAUUUGAGAUAUUUAAACCGUUUCUACUUACAUGGUCCCGCGACUCUUCGCACGUGGGGAUCACGUAUGUAAACGCAUGUGCACGUUAUCUCGACCAAGUAAGAAUGUGCGUAUACACUCCGGUGCAUAACGCGUAUCCUCGUAUAACUUGAUUACAAUUACAUUGUGGCUAGAUAAUAUGUGCAAAAAUAUUACUAGUGACUUAUUGUACUCUUUGAAUGUUUAGCGAUACUAAGGCGAUUGCAUUCCAUCGAAACUUCAUGCAAGUGCUCGUGUUAUUCUGUUCUUUUUUCGCUUCAUUUUCGAAUAUAUUACUAUAAUUGUAAAACCGUA